AUGGCGGACUGCGCUCCACUAUUAGAUGAGGAACUCUCGUCCUUUGUCUUCAGUUACCUGACAGAAACCUCCGGCAGCCAGUAUGGGGAGGAGGAGGUGUGUUCGGACCGUUUGGACAAUGACUUCCCGGACAUCGACCUCUCGCAGCUGGACACGAGCGACUUCGACAGCGUCAACUGUCUCAGCGAACUGCAGUGGUGCAACGACCAACCAUCGGACAGAUCACCGGCCUCCAUCAACUACAGCACCACGGACGAGCUGUUUGAGGUCUCUCUCUCUCUCUGUUUCCUGCAGGAGGAAAACGCCGCUCUGCUCGCCGCUCUGACGGACAGCUUGGAUGGGAUGGUGGAUGCAGAAGUGGGCGGGCUCUCCGUCUUCCCCGUCCUGGGGGAGGAGCCUAACCAGGAAGAGGAAGACGAGGACAAUCUCUCUCUGAGCGCCGAAGACUUCAGCCAAUCACUGGGGUCCGAGACAGAGGACCCAUCUCUGCUGAAAAAGCUGCUGCUGACGCCUCCCAACGUUCCCGCAGGAAUCGAUUCACAGAAAGUCAACGGCAGUCGAUACAGCAGCCGCAGCCUGAGGACGGUCAAACCUCUGGCCAAGUGUGACCUCCGUCCGGACAGGAAGCCGCGCGCCGUCCGUCCGUCCGGUCGUCUCUGCACCGAGCUGCACAAACACCUGACCACCGCUCGAGACACUGAGGAGGACAAGGAGGAAGAGGAGGAGGAAGAGGACGAAGAGGACAGUGAGUCAGAUGAGGAGGGUGAAGAUGAAGAGGAGGAGUCUUCCAGCAGCGAAGUGGAGGGAGGAGUCGUCGCUGUUCUUCCUCCAAAGUCUCAGUUCAGCUCAGAGAAGGAGCUGCGCUCGGUGGUGGAUCUGAUCACCUACAUGCACACCUACUGCCUGCCCAUCCGCAAGCAGCAGGGCUGGGAUCAAAGGAAGGAGGCGCCGAGGCCGAGGGCCCGAAACGAGGCCCCUCGCCCCACCACUAACGCCCACAGCAGGGUGGUACUGGUGUCCGCGCCGGGCACUGGGAGCAACAGCGCCCCCCGCAGGAUGCCCUUUGCAAGGCGGCGGGAGAUGAAGGCCAACUCUCUCCUCCGAGACCUCCUGCAGCAAAGCAGCUCGUACGACGUGAGCAAGCCUUACGGACUGCAUACCCCCCCCUACGUUCACUCCCCCAGCAGAGUCUCACACCCAAAUAAAUCUUCCUCCCCCCCCUCCACCUCCUCCGCUAUAAACAAGCUGGAGCUCCGUAAAGACUCCCAGAGGCGGCCUCCGAGCCCGGACGUGGAUUUUGUGGAUUUUGCAGAUUUUGCGGAGGACGGCGGCUCUUUUUCGGUUCGUCGCUCCCGUCGACUCGCCUCUUUCCCGAGUCGCUUCGGCAAGAGGCUUCGGCCAGGAAAGGAGAGGGAAGGAGUCAUGGGGGGGAAGGAAAGGGAAGAAUGGGAGGAGGCGAGAGCGGGAGUCAAAACACAAACAGGAGGAGCGACGACGACGACGACGACCGAAAAGCUGAUGGCCGGAGAACUAGAGAACAAACACUGCUGCCACAACGAGAAACGAGCCUGCCUCUGUCUGCCUCUCAACUCCAAGAACACAGGAGAGUCCCAGUACAGCAGCAAGCCUUUCGAGCAGACGCUGGGAGUGGAUCUGUGCGGGACGGCAGGUCUCACCCCUCCCACCACCCCGCCUCACAAACCAGUGGAGGAUGAGCUCUUCAAACCUUCAGAGGCAGGAAAACCCAGUGAUGUUGUCGGCGUUUCCACGAAGGCUUCCUCGUCCUGGCUUUCUCGCGCUCACCCUCCACGGAAGCUUCCGGAACAAACGGAGCUUUACGCCCAGUUGCGGCGCAUGGGUCAGGCGGGCGCCAACGAAUCCUACCGGACCUUCGGAGAUCACGACUACUGCGCGCUGAGCCUCGGGGAGAGCAGGAAACGCAGCGCCGACAUGUUGGGCGCCAUUUUACAGGCGCAAAGUGGGGGAAUGGAUGGUAGCAAAGCACCGAAAAAUGUAGACGAUCAGGGGUCGAGGGAGAGAGAGAGGGAGAGAGAGGAAGUGAUGGUGGUGUCACAGAUAGCAGAAUUGCUGGAGCAGCAGAUCACGACCACCACGACCAAAACGACGAGGAAGUUGGUGAUUUCUUCGUUGCCGCCGCCCUCUCACUGCCAGUCGGCGACCGCUACGCCGCCGGUGUCCGAGGAGGAGGCGGAGAGAUCGUCUGCGUCUCGCUCGCCAUCACCCACAAUGCACCUGUGUCCCGACUCCCCCGCCAGCAAGACAGACUCCAGUGAGAACUCGGAGAUCUGUCCCGACGACAAGCAGAGGAACAAAGCCAAGUCUGACGAGGACAACUGCCAGGUGUUCUACAUCCACAACCUGCCAACCAGCGUGACCCAGAACGUGCUGCGGAAACGCUUCCAGGUUUUCGGAAAACCAGAGGACUGCAAAGUCAUCAUCUGCAACGAGGAGCGCUGUGGGGUGAUAAAGAUCCGUCAGGCGGGGGUUCAGAAGCACUGGAGGGAACGAGAGCCAGUGUUCCAGAACGCUCCUGCAGGUCUGAAGCGGCUGACGAGGAAACGCUACAUAGAUCUUGACGAGGCAGGCCCGGGCCCCGUGAAGAGCAAGUACGAUGCACUGGACUUUGACACUCUGCUGAAGGAGGCCCAGAAGUCUUUGCACCGCUGACAGCGCCCCCUCCUGGCAGCCUUAGUGAACUACACCCUCUACUACAGGGCCCUCAGAAAGGCCCAUUAGUACCCCCAUGCAAGGCAACCUCGCAAAAUGUUUACAUUUUUACCAUUGGAAUAAAGUAGUGAUAAGGA